AUGAAGGACCCUAAUCUCCAACCAGCAAUCGACUCCAACGGUGGCGACAAUAGCCAAGCGGCCAUUGCAGCGCACUCCCUCGUUCAAUAUUCCCACCCCACUCUCAACUACGAAGUCACAACGAUGGACUCACGCACCAGCGGCAAGACGUCCUCCAAGGACGCUGUGUCCAUCGACGACAAGAAGGAAGGCGUCCAGGUGUCUACGUACGACCACCAUCAGGACGGAGCUCGCUCUCACGAUGAAGAAGGUAUUUUCCGCGCCCAGGCGGAGCAUCCCGAAAUUCACAACAUCGAGGCAAUUCUCAAAAACCCUCUCCGAGGCAUCCCGCGUGCCACUCUGAUGGAGCAGGUCACUGUUUUCUGUAACGAGAACGAGCUUGGCCAGCACGUCGAGCUCUUCAAGAAGGCAGCAUUGGUGGCACAGAGCCCCAACGAUUUUGAAACAAUGCCAGAGCUGAACGAGGACGACCGCUACCAUAUUCGACGCGAAAAAACGCACAAGUGGGCGAUCUCGAAGCAGCUCUGGAUGCUCGUCUUUGUAGUCUCGCUCGGAAGCGCCAUUCAAGGAUGGGACAACACCGGAGCGAAUGGGGCGAAUCUUUCGUUCCCGCAGGAGUUCGGCAUCGAGCACCAGGAAUGGCUGGUGGGAUUCAUUAAUUCGGCGCCAACUAUUGCUGGUCUCAUGUCAGCAUGGCUUAGCGAUCCUCUGAACAACUGGCUUGGUCGACGCUGGGUGAUUUUUAUCACAGCACUUUUCACUGUGUUCCCCGUUCUGGCACAAGCCUUCACUCGGAACUGGUGGGAGCUCGCCAUCUGCCGACUUUUGCUCGGUGUCGGAAUCGGCUGCAAAAUCACCACCAUUCCGAUUAUGACGGCCGAGUCGGUGCCCACCGCCAUCCGCGGCGGACUGGUCAUGUCGUUCCAGCUGUUCGUUGCGUUUGGCAUCUUCCUCGGAUUCUGCUCCAACAUGAUCUUCUACGGCAUCGGACGCAUCGCCUGGAGGGUGCAGCUGGCCGCUGCAUUCGUGCCGGCAGUACCGCUGCUGGUCCUCGUCUGGUUCAUCCCUGAAUCUCCUCGAUGGUUGCUCAAGAAACGCCGAUACGCCGCCUCAUUCCGAAGCUUCUGUCGGCUGCGCAACAGCAAUAUUCAAGCCGCACGGGACCUCUACUACGCCCACGCACAAAUUGAGAUCGAACGCCACGCAUUUGAAGGCCGAACAUAUUCGCGCCGCCUCCGCGAUCUCUUCGUCGUUCCCCGGCUACGAACUGCUACUCUGGGCUCUCUAAUAGUAAUGCUGGCCCAGCAACUGUCAGGAAUCAACAUUAUAGCUUUCUACUCAUCAUCCUUAUUCGUCAAUGCAGGCUACUCGACGAAGCAGGCGCUUUCGGCGUCAUUGGGGUUCGGGGCGGUCAACACGCUCUUUGCGCUCCCUGCUAUCUGGACGAUCGACACUUUUGGAAGGCGCAACCUUCUGCUGUUCACCUUCCCGAACAUGGCCUGGUGCCUCUUUGCAGCUGCAGGUGCAUUCACGAUGAGUGUGGACAACUCAGCGAGAGUACCUCUCAUCGCGCUGUUUGUCUACGUGUUCACAGCAUUCUACUCUCCCGGCAUGGGUCCGGUGCCGAACGUGUAUGCAAGCGAAUGCUUCCCUCUCUCGCACCGCGAGAUCGGCUCAAGCUGGUCCAUCUUCAUCAACAACUCCUUCUCCACCAUCCUGUCGCUCACUUUCCCGCGGAUGCUGGCCAAACUCGGACCUACAGGCGCACUCUGCUUCUACGGCGGCACCAAUCUGCUUGCGUUUGUCAUGAUCUUCCUCGGUUUGCCCGAGACGAAGGCGCUGACGCUGGAGGAGCUGGACUUCGUGUUCGCCGUACCUGCGAGCCGCUUUGCAUCGUAUCAGGUCCGAAGCUACCUGCCAUACUUUGUCAAGCGCCACCUGUUCUGGCAGAAGAGCGCGAGCCUCACCCCUUUGUACCGAUGGGAAGACGGUCAAAGCUCGGCGUCGGCUCUCAAGUGA